AUGCAACAAAAUGAAAUGAUUGAAUUAAGGAACCUCAGAAAUUUAAAAGAAGGUUAUAAUGAAUUGGAAUUAUCGCUGUUUAAUAUGCCUUAUAAUUCUUAAUAUAUUUUCUAUUUCAACCUUACUGAUAAUAGCAAACUUAGUUCUCAGCUACAAAGCAUAUAGAAAUUAAAAGCUGUAUGGGAAAAUAGUUUUUUAGGUGAAUUGGAAUUUUUAGUUGAGUAAAAUUAGAAAAAAGCAAUAAAUUUUUUUUAUUUUCAAAACCUUAUGUAGUAAAAUUAAGAAUUUAAUAUACAUGAAUUAGUAAAAGUGAGACUUUUUUUACUUAAACUAGCUCAAACUUACCACAUUUUUUAUUUUAAAGUAAUACUUCAUUAUAACUAAAAAAUGAUAGAAAAUCAUAAAUUAAUACAAGAGCACUUCUAUUUGUUAUUCGAGGGUUUCUUUACUGAAUUAUAUAGCUUCAUAUUAGUAAUAGAAUCUCAAAAUGAUAAAAUAGUAUGUUAUUUAGGAAAUAAAUUUUUUUUAGAGGAAAGUUAACCUUUAGAAAAGUAAUAAUAAUAAUAAUAAUAAUAAUAAUAAUAAUAAUAAUAAUAAAAAUAAUAAAAAUAAUAAUAUAGGUUUUCCUAAAACAAAAAUAAUUAUAAGUUAAGCUAAAUAUUAAACCAAAACUCACAAGAACAAGAUUUUAUACUUUUUGAAAGCUAUUCAGUAGAUAAAGAAUUUACUUACUAAUUAGAUUCAAAAUUACCAUAUUAAAUUUUUAUGUAUAAUGAAAAUUAUUCGGUGGGCUUUGAUUGUUUCAUGUACGUAUAAUAAGAAAUGAACGUAAUCUCUGAAAAAAUAGCUAAUAAUCUAAAAAUAUUUUAAGAAAAAAUUUAAUAUUUACUUGAUUUACCAGUUAAUUAAAAUAAUGAAGAACAUUAAGAUGAUAAUAUUGAAAAAUAUUUUGAUUACAUCUAUUCUCUCAUAAAUGAAUUCGAUAAAGUUAUAAAUUGUAGAAAUUUAUCUUUAACAAAUGUUAAUAAAUAGAUUGAAAAGAUUAUUAAAGAUUGGGAACCUAAAAUUUUGAAUAAAUUUCAAUCUAUAGCAUAGGCAUAAUAAAAUUUGAGAUAAUAUAUCAAUAAUGAAAAAAUUUUUGAUUAAUAAUUAAAUCUAACAGAAUUCGAUUUAGAAAUAUUAAAUUUUUUUUAAAAUUAUGGUACAGAUAUAUUUUAUCGUAAAACAGAAAUUAUGUAAUUGUAAAAUUAGUUGUGGGUGAAAUACUUUAAAAAACAUCUUCCUUAAAGUUUUCAAAUUUUUAAUAUAGAUCCAUUUUAGGAUAAUACUGAGGAUAAGCCUAAAGUUUGCUUGUUAGGUCUUACAAAAUCUGGUAAGAGUACAAUUUUGAGUAACUUAAUUAAUCCAAGAAAUAUGAAAAUAAUAUAAAGUUGUAAUGAAAGGAUAGUUUUCGAUGCAAUUGAGUAGCAACCUAAUCUGUAAAUUUCUGGAGCUUUAAAUAGUGAAACCGCAUCUGCAUUUUGUAUUGAAAUUGAUAAUUUUAUAUUUACUGACACACCUGGAUUUCUUGAUACAAAUAGUUAAAAAAGAUUCAAGAAUUAGAUAACUAUCUUUAAUUAAUUACAAAAAUCUCCAUAAAUUAUAUUUUUGAUCAUAAUAGAUGCCAAAGAGUGGACCAGAAUGAAAAAUGACAUUAUCGAAACAAUUAAACAUAUCAAUACAUUCUUUGGCAAAAAAUUAUAUAACUCUAAUUUACAGUAAUUUAUUUUACCUGUUUUUAAUAAAAUAAACAAACAUACCAUGGAGGAGAUUAAGAUUAAGUGGGAAAAUGAAUUUAUGAAAGACCUGGAUGAUAAUGAAAUCAGAUAAUUUUUUAAAAUAAUNCGUAUAAUAAGAAAUGAACGUAAUCUCUGA